AUGUAUCACCUGGCCAAGUCGCUAUAUAUAUACGCGACGAGCAAAGAGGAAUACUUGGUGCCCCUGCUAGGCUUGGACAAUGCCGGCAAGACCACACUCCUAUCGCAGAUUAAGGCCUUCUAUCAGUCUCGACCGGAGAGAACCCCCGCGCCGAAUCCUGGAAAGACUGUCCCUACCAUCGGCCAGAAUAUCGCGACUAUCUCCUUACCCAAUAUGAAUCUGAAGAUCUAG